AUGCUUUAUUAUAGUGGUUUUACUCGUCGAAUAGGAGAUGUCGACGAUGGAUCCACUGUAACAGACUUUCUGCCCGCUGAACGAGCUAGAGGCAUCACAAUUCAGUCUGCAGCAGUCACUUUCCACUGGCCGCCCCUGCAUGAAGGCCAUACAGCCAAGGAUGGCGUUCCCAAAUCGCACACCCCCCAUACUAUCAAUCUCAUUGACACCCCUGGACACGCAGACUUCACGUUUGAAGUUCUCCGGUCUUUGAGAAUUCUCGAUGGAGCCGUGUGCAUUCUCGAUGGUGUUGCCGGCGUUGAAGCACAAACCGAAAAAGUCUGGACGCAGGCAAACAGUUACAGUAUCCCGAGAAUUGUGUUUGUCAACAAGCUGGACCGGGACGGCGCUGCAUUCGAACGAACCGUCAAGGAAAUUGGAUCAAGGCUUCGCGGCUGGCCAGCCGUAUGUCAGAUCCCUUGGUGGGAAGGCGGCAAAGGGAGGUUCACUGGGGUUGGAGACGCUAUCAAUCUCUCUGCCCUAAAGUGGACAGAGGGAGGUGAUGGGAAAAGUAUCCAGACCUUUAUUCUUGACCAGCUUGCUCACGAAGAUGCUAGCCUUCACUCAGAGCUUAUUAAGGCACGAGGAGCGCUUGUGGAGGCUCUCUGUGAGUUUGAUGAGGAACUUCUUGAGAUUUGGUUGGCAUGCAACGAUGAUAGUCUGGCUGUUCCAGCCCAAGCAAUUCGUGAUAGUCUGAGACGUUGCGUCCUGGACGGCUCUGGGCGACUGAUCCCUGUAUUUGCUGGGGCAAGUUUCCGUAAUAUUGGAGUUCAGCCUCUCAUGGAUGCUGUCGAUGACCUCCUCCCAAAUCCAACCGAAAGGCCGGAUCCUGAAAUCAGCAUUGGCAACCAGAAGGGUAGCUUAUCUGACCUUCUACAAGGAAGACUAUCGAUCACACCAAACAAAUCGCUGUCGAAAAAAUUGGCGUCCCCUUUAUCUCUGGUCGCUCAAAUAGAAGGCUGUGCUCUUGCCUUCAAGGUGGUCAAUGAUCCUCGACGCGGUGUGCUUGUCUACAUACGAGUGUAUUCGGGAUCAAUCAAGAGGAACUCGGCUCUGUGGAACACAAAUCUGCAUGUCACUGAGAGGGCUCAGCGGCUAUUACAGAUGCAAGCAUCUGAUGCGAUUGAAAUAUCACAUAUUGCUACUGGACAGAUUGGCGUUAUCGCAGGCCUAAAGCAUGCCCGAACCGGAGACACACUUAUCUCUUACCCUGGAGUCAACCCCAAACUUGGUCCUCCAGCACCAUUGAAUACACUUCAAUUACGGCCGAUUGAUGUUCCUCCGCCAGUAUUCUUCGCAGCUAUUGAACCCCACAGUCUUAGUGAAGAAAAGACUGUCGCGGACAUUCUUGGCUUGUUACUGAGAGAAGAUCCGAGUCUGCACGUAAAUGUCGACGAGGAGUCUGGGCAGAUGUUGCUCAGCGGAAUGGGAGAGCUUCACCUUGAAAUCGCUCGAGAUAGGCUUGUGAACGACUUCAAAGCCAAGGCCACCAUGGGAAAUAUCGAGAUCAGCUAUCGCGAAUGCGUUUUAGGGCCAGGAACUAUGCCACAUCGAGUUGUAUUCGACCGUGAGGUUGCAGGAAAGAAAGGCAAAGCUGGCUGUCGAGCAAGCAUUGAGCCAAGAAAUGAUGUCAGUUUAGAGACAGAACACACAAUCCAUCUCGACGGGAAUGUCAUCAAAAUACAACUACCUGAAUCCUCAUACGACGAGGAUGGAAUCGAAUUACUGCCUCCAAAUCUGUCGUUCAUUACGCUUCGAACCGCACUGAUUAAUGGUGCAAAAGCUGCUCUAGCUCGAGGGCCUCGCCAAGCAUUCCCCCUCCAUGCCAGCCAUGUAGCGAUAACAUUCGACCCAGUAACCGACUAUUUUGGCAACGAUACCUCUGCCGCCGCACUCUCCUCAGCAGCCAGACUUGCUGUCCAAGCGGCGCUCAAAGAAGCCUUCGAUAACAACAACAUUGGGCUCAUGGAGCCAGUCAUGAACGUUGUCAUAAGCUGCGAUGAAGCCUCUCUCGGCGCCAUUGUCCACGAUCUCUCAUCUGCGCGUGGUGGUCACGUCCUAUCUCUCGACAACGAUAGCAGCGAAGAAUCUCCUUCCGAUGUUCCGCAAAUAGAUACGAGCAGGAUAUAUGCUCCUCCAGAUCCGUUUGCUUCUAGCAGUGGUGCGGAUAGAGCUGGACCGGGUCAGCAGAGACAAGUUACGGCGAGGGUGCCGUUGAAGGAGAUGGUGGGGUAUUUGAAGCAUUUGAGGAGUUUGACGGGAGGGAGAGGAACGUUUAUCAUGAGUGUUGAUCGAUUUGAACGGCUUUCAGGUCCGAGAGAGAAGGCGUUGUGA